AGCCCUCUGAGGUAUUCAAAUCGAUGGCGGGGCCGACGGUUGUGUGGGGCUGCGCUGCCACCGGCGUCUCGGGGGCUGAGUGUCGCCUUCCGCCGCCAUGCCGGGCACCGGGCGCUGACAGACCUUCGGGCCCGGUGGGCGGAAUGGAGAAUCAGGGUGUGCCUCCCGGGCCUUAUCGGGCCACCAGGCUGUGGAAUGAAGUUACCACAUCUUUUCGAGCGGGAAUGCCUCUAAGGAAACACAGGCAACACUUUAAAAAAUAUGGCAAUUGUUUUACAGCAGGAGAAGCGGUAGACUGGCUUUAUGACCUAUUAAGAAAUAAUAGCAAUUUUGGUCCUGAAGUAACAAGGCAACAGACUAUCCAGCUAUUGAGAAAAUUUCUUAAGAACCAUGUUAUUGAAGAUAUCAAGGGCAAAUGGGGAUCAGAAAAUCUUGAUGACAACGGUCAGCUAUUCAGAUUUCCUGCAAAUUCUCCACUUAAAACUCUUCCACGAAGGCAUCCAGAAUUGAGAAAAAACAGAAUAGAGAACUUUUCCAAAGAUAAAGAUAGUAUUUUUAAAUUACGAAACUUAUCUCGGAGAACUCCUAAAAAGCAUGGAUUACAUUUCUCUCAGGAAAAUGCAGAGAAAAUGAACUGUGAAAUAAUCAAUGAAGAUCAAGAAAAUUCCAUUGAUAAUAGAGAAAUAAGCCAGAAAGAUAUUGAAGAAGUUUGGAGAUAUGUUAUUCUGAUCUACCUGCAAACUAUUUUAGGUGUGUCAUCCCUAGAAGAAGUCAUAAAUCCCAAACAAGUAAUUCCUCAAUAUAUAAUGUACAACAUGACCAAUACAAGUAAGCAUGGAGUAGUUAUACUGCAAGACAAAUCAGAUGACCUACCUCACUGGGUAUUAUCUGCCAUGAAGUGCCUAGCAAAUUGGCCAAGAAGUAAUGAUAUGAAUAAUCCAACUUAUGUUGGAUUUGAACGAGAUGUAUUCAGAACAAUUGCAGAUUAUUUUCUAGAUCUCCCUGAACCUCUGCUUACCUUUGAAUAUUAUGAAUUAUUUGUGAACAUUUUGGUUGUUUGUGGCUACGUCACAGUUUCAGAUAGACCCAGUGGGAUACAUAAAAUCCAAGAUGAUCCACAGUCUUCAAAAAUCCUUCACUUAAACAGUCUGAAUUCCUUCAAAUCAACUGAGUGUCUUCUUCUCAGUCUGCUUCAUAAAGACAAAAACAAAGAAGAAUCAGAUACUACUGAGAGACUGCAGAUAAGUGAUCAAGGAUUUCAAGAAAACCAUGCUAAGAAAAUGCAGCUAGUUAAUUUAAAAAACAGAAGAGCCAGUGUUAAUGACAUAAUGGGAGGAAGUUGUCAUAAUUUAAUAGGCUUAAGUAGUAUGCAUGUUCUAUCCUCUAGCAUCAAACCAAGGUGCUAUUCAUUAGAAGGAAUUGUAGAUUUACCAGGGAGUUCAAGUAAAGAGGUCUCCAGUGUCUUCCAUCAAUCUGUUUUGAACAUAAAAGGACAAAAUAAUAAACAAUUUUUAGAGUCUGAGACCAAACAGGAAUCCCUAAUGCAUCUUCAUUCAGAGGAAAGUAUUCAAAAGCCACUCUGUGUUGGUUUUAAAAGAACCUCUACUUUGACCGUUCAAGACCAAGAGGAGUUAUGUAAUGGAAAGUGCAAGUCAAAACAGCUUUGUAGAUCUCAGAGUUUACUUUUAAGAAGUAGUACAAGAAGGAAUAGUUAUAUUAAUAUGCCAGUGGCUGAAAUUAUCAUGAAACCAAAUCUUGGACAAGGCAGCACAAGUGUGCAAACAGCUAUGGAAGGUGAACUCGGAGAGUCUAGUACCACAGUCAAUAAAAGACUCUGCAAAAGUACAAUAGAACUUUCAGAAAACUCUUUACCUCCAGCUUCCUCUAUGUUGACUGGCACACAAAGUUUGCUACAACCUCAUUUAGAGAGGGUUGCCAUCGAUGCACUACAAUUGUGUUGUUUGUUACUUCCCCCACCAAAUCGUAGACGGCUUCAACUUUUAAUGCGCAUGAUUUCGCGAAUGAGUCAAAAUGUUGAUAUGCCCCAACUUCAUGAUGCAAUGGGUACAAGAUCACUGAUGAUACAUACUUUUUCUCGGUGUGUGUUACGCUGUGCUGAAGAAGUAGAUCUUGAUGAGCUUCUUGCUGCACGAUUAGUUUCUUUCUUGAUGGAUCAUCAACAGGAAAUUCUCCAAGUACCCUCUUACCUACAGACUGCAGUGGAGAAACAUCUUGACUACUUAAGAAAGGGCCAUAUUAAAAAUCCUGGAGAUGGAGUGAUUGCUCCUUUGCCAACGUAUUCAUACUGUAAACAAAUUAGUGCUCAGGAAUUUGAUGAACAAAAAGUUUCUACCUCUCAAGCUGCAGUUGCAGAACUUUUAGAGAAUAUUAUUAAAAAUAAGAGUUUGCCUGUAAAGGAGAAAAGGAAAAAACUAAAACAGUUUCAGAAGGAAUAUCCCUUGAUAUAUCAGAAAAGAUUUCCAACCUCUGAAAGUGAAGCAGCACUUUUUGGUGACAAACCUACAAUCAAGCAACCAAUGCUAAUUUUAAGAAAACCAAAGUUUCGUAGUUUAAGAUACUAAUUGAAUUGAAAAUUAUGUAAUACUUGUGGAACUUUGGUAAGUGAAGCCAUAUCUAAGAAUUCAGCUACUAAAAAGGAAGUCUAUUUAUCAAUAAGGUUUUUCUAAAUAAAACAUUAUGUAAGGAAGUGCCAAAACAGUUUUUAUCAAUGUGAAACUGCUGAGAAACUAGUGAAUCUCAGUGGAGAGCAAGUGACAACAGGUGACACCAAAUAUUUUAAUCAGAAAUAAUCUUUUGUUUUUUAUACAACUAUCUGGAAAAGCUAUCAUGAUGUGUGCUAAAGUUUCAUUUACUUGAAUUUUGAAAAAUGACAUUUGCUCAAGAUUAAGCUGUAAUUCUUUAAAAAAACAACAACAACUUAUCUGCAUGUGCUUAUGGAUGUUAGCUUAAAGAACUAGUUGUUUAGGAUUACUUUUGUUUCUAAGUGUAAGAAUGUGAAGAAUAUUUGAAAAUUCAAUGAAUUAAUUUUCAACUGCUAAAUAUUGCACUCAUAUAUUCUUUUGCUACUUUUGAUCUAUUUAUGUAUGUGUUUUUAAAAUAUGAAUAUAUAUUUUAAGACUUUGGUUUGCCUUAAACCUUUACCCUAACUGCUUCAGUCAUUCAUUUUUUCAAUAAAUAUCUUUUGCAUUCUUAUCUUCAUGAAUCUACUAGAAUAUAAAGAUAUGAAAGAAGUAUAAGGCAAUCACGUAUUCAUGUAAAAGAUAUUUAUUUAGCAACUACUAUAUGCCUUUCAUUCUUCAAGAUGCGGAGAGAAAAUGAUGAAUAAAACAGAAAACCUCUUCCCUUAAGUAUCUGCUUUCUAAUCAAGGGAGAUAUACCUACCAGAUACUUAAAAAAACAAUACACCCCCUGAAAUCAAGUCAUGAGGAUUCAUUCAACUGAAGACUAGCCUUUUUAAUUACGCAACAGUUCCCUAAGCUAGUGUUUUUCAAAUUGUUGCAUAUUAGAAUCACCUGGAGAGUUUUAAAAUAAUACAUGCUCAGGCCCUACCUUAUACUGAUUAAAUCAAAAUUUAAGGGAUGGCAUAUAGGCCUCAGUAUUUUUUAAACUCUGUAGGUGAUUCCAAUAUUCAGCCACCUUUGAGAAUCAGUGCCCUAAAUACUUUUUAUAAAUAAAAUGUCAAGCUGGUUUCACACUGGCUUUAUUAUUUCAUUGGAAGAAAAUGCCAAGUGUAAAUCCCUCUUAUCUUAAUAGAAGGUUCUACAAAUUUCUACUUGACUAACUUCGUACAAACUUGAAGCAGCUUUUCUUCCACAUUUUUCUGAAGAUUAUUUAAUAUCUAUUUGGUAAGUGUAAAGAUAUACAUAAUGCCUGGGAUGUAAUAGACACUUAUUGUUCAAUGUUUUGAUUUUUCAGUGUAAUGUUGUACUGUAAAAUGACAAUGUUCCAUUUGAAAUUAAUAUUUUUAUUAAAAAUAUGGACAGAAAAUAACUAUAUCUUUUGCCCAGAAACCUUAGCUAUAAAAAUAUUGAAGCGAAUUAGAAUUCUUCCCAAGGUGUUUGUAUACUAAAAGUUUUCCUGUUUAAAGGUAUGUAAUAAUGUGAAUUAUGUUGCAUAUUGAGAUAAAAACUAUUGUGGGUUUUAUAACAAUUUAAUUUUGUAUUUAUUGAUGGAUAUUAAAUAUAUAAAUAUUAUAAAGACAUAGUAAACUUUGAUCUCCCUUAGUGUGCAUGCAGUUGAGGUUACAAAAUACAUGAUGUAACACUAAUAAUGUGAACUCUGAAGUCAGAUUUGAAUCCUACUGUGCUGUUUACUGUGUAACCCAAGACAGGUUAUUUAACUUCGCUAAAUCCCAGUUUUCUUAUCUGUACAAUAAAGAUUAUAAUAGUACCCGUCCUUUAGGAUUGUUGUGAGUAUUAAAUAGAAUAAUUCGUGAGAAGUUUUUAGCACAGUGUUUAGCACAGAAUAGGCACUCUAUUAAAUGUUAGAAAUUAAUACUAGAAACACCUAGAAUUACAACACUAGAAGAGAUCUUAGCAAAAAUACAGUCCUCUCAAUUGCUUUGGGCAGAGAGGAACCCCAACAAAAUUGUAAACAAUUGGUGAGUCUUAUUAAACUAUUUUUUAGUCAUGAAACACAGCUUCUGAUUGUACAUACUGCUUGAAAAUACCUGGUCUAAUAUAAUGAGAAAAUUUGAUGAGGAAGGAAAGCAUUAAUAUCUUCAGAAGCAAUAUCCUUGAAUAUGUGAAAGCAUACAGGACACAUUACACAAAUAGAAGGCUUAUUAACCUUUGGCUGGAGCAUGGACAGAUACCGUUGUAUCAGAAAAAAAGGGCAGAGUCUUUAAUUUCAAAUAUUGAUGGGUUGAUUUGAUGUUGAGUGCUUAUAAAAAGUAUCUUCUAAUUGCUUUUGCCUUCUCAGGAAAUAAGAAUCAGAGUCAACCCUUGAGAGUAAAGCAUGGUGGGGAAGAUAUUGCAAGUUUGAAGGGAGAGGGUAUGAAAUAGUAAAUCUGUGGCAAUGCACAGGGAACUGUAGUUCUGGUCCCAGAAGUUAUUGCCACCAACCAUUCCCAACAGCUUCUGCUAAUUGUUGUCAUUUAAUGAUCCACUCUUCUCAUAAUACUGUCUAGUUAUCUAGCACUCAGUAGUGGAAAGUAUCAAUACAAGGAAUUUCCUACUGACUAGCUUCUGUCCUUGGAAAAUGUAAACUCUGAGUUUCCUCAUCCAUAAAAUAUGAAUAAUAACAUCUACCUAACUGGGUUGUUAAGAUAAUUUAAAGCGGCAAUAUGUUUAAAUCUUGACCUUAGCAAGCCCAAGCUCAAUUUCUAAGUUCUUCCUCUGAUAAUGAGCUUAAUAAGAUUUCUGCUGAUUAAAACUCCUUCCCUUCCAAAUCUCUGUCCUCAUAUCUCACAAUAUAUUUUCUUUUCUAUUCUAUCAGUGGUGAUAUUUUUUAUCCCAUCUUUGGAAGAAUUAAAAAUAGAUCCAGAAUUUUAUAUCCUGGCAGCCUGUGUAUCUCUCCCAAAGAUAUAUCUCCCUUUGAUUUUGAAGGUAAAUCACAUAUGUGUAUAUGUGUAUGCAUGUGGUGUUAUUGUUGAAAUGAAACUUCUAGGAGAGAAAGGAUUGCUGGUUUUAAUAUUAAACUCUAAAUUUAAAGAAAUAAAGUCAGUUCACUUGAAUAAACUUAAUAGUUCUAAAUAUAAUAAAGUAUAGCAACUAAGAAUCUUUUGUUAACUCAGAAUUAGCUUUUGUAUUAACUAAGAAUCUUAUUUUCUAAGAACUGGGGGAAAAAAUGUACAGAAUAGCUGUUUUUAUCUCUCCUGAAAACCUCUCAGAAUGUGUACUGAGGAAACGCAGAAUGUAUAAGACAUUUGAAAAUAGUUUUGACUUUUGCUCAUUGUAAAAACAAUUUUUGUAUCAUUAGUUGGUCUCUAACUUAUCCUUCCAUAAGCAACUAGAAAACCAAAGUAUAUGCAACAACUGUUUCUAGGCAUCGAACUACAGGUAAUAAAAGACUGAUUCCUGAGAAAAGGAAAACAAAGGAGGUAAGUCCUAUGAUUGUCCCCAGAUUACUGCCUACAGGCAGUUGCCAGGCCACAGUGCAGGGAGGGGCAGCCAAAAUAAAGCCCAGUGUCUCACUGCAUUAAGGAGCUAGAGAUCAGAGUUCAGGAUGACUGAGAGAGAUUUUUAAAAAAAGAAGAAAAGAAAAAAACCCUUCAGAGAUCUGCAGUGGUCUAAAGGUUUUGUUGAGUACUAAUUGGCAUGGGGCAUGGUGAAGUAAGUCAGUUGAGUACUAAAAAAAAAAAAAAACUAGCCAAGGAAAGAAUGAGAAUGGACUGGAAAGCAGUAAACCAAACAAUCUCUGUACCUCAUGGAUCUGGGAAUAAUUCAUAUUCCCAGCAGCCAAAAUAUAGAGAGCUUCUAAUACUUGGGACAUUGGAUAGCAUCUUCAGAAGAGCUGUGCUUCAGUAGUGGGACCAAAUUAGCCCUAGAAUAAAAACUGCUAUAAAUUCACCCUAAUAAAUCUUAAAAACAGCCUGAAAAUGUUCAAAUUGCUCUUCAAGUAACUUCCUGUGUGCCAGAACAAAGUUCAAUACUUUAAAGAAAUACAACAAAAUCCAGCACUUAACAGUGUAAAAAACACAAUGUCCAGCAUCCAAUCAAAAAUUACCAGACAUAAAAAGAAACAGAAAAAAAUAUAUAAUCCAUAACCAGAGGGAAAAGCUAUCAAUAGAAACAUACCCAGAAGUGACAGAUAAUGAAACUAGAGACACUUUAACAGUUAUUAUAAACAUUAUAAAUAUAUUCUAGGAUAUAAAGAAAAUCAGGAAUAUAGUGAUAGAAAUGAAAGAUAUAAAAAAGAUUCAAAGAGAAAUUCUGGAGGGUAAAAAUACAAUACCCAAAAUGAAAAAUACAUGGAAUGAAAUUAAGAGCCAAUUAGACACAGCAGAAGAAAAGAUUCAUGAACUUGAAAACAGCAAUAGGAACUACCCAAAAUAAAGUACAAAGGAAACAAAACUGAAAAAGACAAAGAACAGAGUCUCAGUGAGCUAUGUGAAAAUAUGAACCGAGUAACAUGUGGAUUGGAGUCUAAGAGAGAAGAAAAUGAGAAAUGAGAGAAGACAGAAAAAGUGAGGGCAUAAAAGUUAUUGACCAAAAAUAAUGGCUGAAGUUUUUUCUAAAUGUGACAAAGACCAUAAACCCACAGAAGCUCAAGUAAUCCCCAACAAAAAAAACAUAAAUCUGCACCAAGGCACACAUAAUCAAGUUGCUGAAAACUAGUGAUAAAGAGGAAAAUCUUAAAAGCAUUCAGAGACAAAGCAGUUUAUACAGAGGAACAAAAAUAAGAAUUAUAGACUUCUUUUUAAAAACUGCAAACCAGAAGACAAUUAAGUGAUAUUGUUUUAGAUUUGUUUUCUUGGCUGAGAAUUGGUGCCAAUUCACCACUAAUAAAAAUUUUGGCAGGGACUGUCAGUACUCUACCAACCACCAGUGAUAGUCUCCUCAUUACAAGCCAGCAAUUGACUCAUCCAGAUCCAAAAUUCUAUUUUAGUCAGCUUCCUAAGACUAGUCUUAGUUCUGCCUUAGGUCAUGUUACCCAUAAUAUUGAGACAAAUGUUUGUGUACUGGAUGGUACACUUAGGAGCAAUACAAGUGCUGCAGGGGAUUGGGCAAAAGAAAAAGUUGAACUGCCACAGAAUUGUAACAGAGGCCUCAACUGAUCCAGUGAACAGGCUGUGGAGCUGGGAUGGGCCUUUAGAAUUGUCCACAAUAGAGAAAAGGAGCUGGGCCUUUGUACCUUCAUGUAAACCAGUCACUGAAUAUGGGUUGAUUCGGGAGGAAGUGUAACCUUGGGUGAAGCAGUUCCCUUCUGCCAAGCACAGUUCCUAAAGAGGAGUGUAGCCAAUAUUCCUGACAGCUGGGAAAUGAAUGACUGAGCACUGAGGGGUUCUAUGGAGAACACCUCAUAUUCACUGCAAAGGAUCCCUAGCAUUAAAACAAACAAACUAGAAAAGGGAUUGUGUUACUAUGAGAGAGGUUAUGAGAAUUGAUAUUUUGGGAUUAUUUUUUACUUUAUUAUUUGUUGAUUUAUUAAAAAGUAAUGUCUGUUUAUUAUAGAUGAUUUGGAAAUGAAACAGUUUAAAUCACCUAUAAUCUUAUCAACCACAUAAAACCCUGUGAAAUCUUGGAGUAUUCUGUGCCUCAACAACUCAAAAGAAAGUGGCUCUCUUUUUGUUUUCUAAAGUUUAUAUGAUUGACUAGGAUUAGAGAUUAGCAAUAAUUUUUCUUAAAAGUUCAUGGUGAAGCUAAAAAUACAGUGAAAAGACCUACAUUCUUAUUCAUUAUGUACAGUGUCUCAGACUUUUGUAUUUUGGAGUUUUGAUCAGCUUUCUGAUUUAUACCUUGGAAGUUCUAAAGACUGUAUCCAUCUUUAGAUUUAGCAGUUUCAACCUGUCUCCUCACAAUUAAGUGACCUGAUUUGUCAGGCAGUACUUUAUACUCAAGCAAAGAGCCCAAAUGUCUUUCUCUUCCCCAGCUUAAUAUUCAUUAUCCCCUCCACUCAGAUUUAUAUUCCACCUAUUGCUAGGCUGUAGGGCUAUUAAGCAUUAAGUUCAUUAAAUAGAAAAUUAAAUUUCAAAAUCAAAUCAUAAAUUGGAAGGAAUUACACAAUUUAUAAAUGACAGAUGUUGGUGGAAGUUUAACUUUUGCAAUCAGUGUUAUAUAAUUCCUAAAAUGACUGUGUAUUUAUUUUUUAAAAAACCUAUUAGUAAGUUAGAUUUGGAUGACUUAUGGGCAGCAGUGCCAUCUGCAGGCCUCCUCUGUUGUAGUUCUUUUUAGUCUCUGAUGUUCUCUUUAAAAGGGAUUUGACUCUACUGAAUAUUUAUGGCUUUAUAAUGUCAAGUACAAAAUGGUAUUAAUCACAGACUGCAGAAGGGUGAGCUUAUAGAUAUAGAUCCUCAUUAGGGAUUUUUAAACCACUGAGCUAAUAUCAACUGUCAUAUCCAUAUUUGUAAUUCAAAUAUUAAGCAUAAUGUGAAAGAUCUAGAAUAUAUAUGGAAUGAGUGUGGGUAUUGGAAUCAGGCAGAACUGAGUUCUAAUUGUGUUUAUAUUAGUUAUCAGCUGUGUGACAUUAAAAAAUUUACUUCUCUGAGAUGCAGGUUUUUUAUUAGUAAAAUGGGGAUAAUAUUUCCUUCAUGACAUCUUUGAGAGCUCAAAAUAGAUAAAAUGUAUAAAGUGCCUAGCACAAAUGUGCAUACAAUAUGCCUCCAAUUGAUAAUAGUUCCCUCUCCCUUAAAAUUAAAACAAAACAAAAAUCUGAAGACCAUUUAUUGCCUUUGUACACAGUGCAUUUAAGAGUUAUAAAAUAUAUCAUUACCUAUUUGGAUAAAGUGGAGCUUGAAGGAACAAUCCCAAAGUAUCCCAGUAAGGGAUACUUAUUAUCCAUCCUGUCCUGUAUGUCUUUUCAUUCUUAUGUCUUUUAAAAUUUAAAUAUAGAUAUAUGUUAGAAGCUGCAUAGAGUAUUUCUGCGAGGUAUUUACAAGAAAUGAUAAACACUGAUUGCUGAAUUUUGGGGAUAUUAAGGAGUCUUAUUCUUUUAAUGUGUAUACCCUUGGAACUGUUUUAAUUUCUAUCAUGUACAACAUUGCUUUUUCCAAAAUAAAACAGUAAUAAAUAUAAACAUUUGGAAAAGGAAAAUGUCUGAGAUUAUCCUUGUAUUAAAAAUGAAUCAUAGGGACUUCCCUGACAUUCCAGUGGUUAAGACUCCACCCUCCCAAUGCAGUGGGCACGAGUUUGAUCCCUGGUUGGGGAGCAAAGAUCCUACAUGCUGCAAGGCACAGCUAAAAAAAAAAGAAGAAUGAUAAUUUGGUCUCCUCACCCCCACCUCCAAAAAUCUUUGCUUCUAAAUGAAACUAGACAGAAAGGAGAAGGCUUACCUGAGCAAUUCAGAUUUUGAAUAAACUUUCUCUGAAAUUGUAAUAUUGAUAUAUACUUUCAAGGGAACCUGUAUACAAUUUUCUUCAAAAUUGAUAAGAAUAGAAUGAACUGCCUAAGAUCUCUCCUCUCAGGAAGCAGAGGCUGACAUAUUAUUCAACUGCUAGCUCUGUGAUUAUGUAGUAGACUAUGAUUUGAAUCACCUGACAUGCAUGUUCCCAGCUGAGGUUGAGCAAGAUGAGGCUCUACCUUCUUGUUUUAGCUCUCAUGCUAUGAACAAGUGUUCUCUUUGCAGUCUAUGUAGUGCUGUGUUUUUCUUAUUUUUGUGCUUUUUGUAGGUGAUUUCACUGUUUAAAUUGAACCCCAAGCAUAGUGCUGAAGUGCUGCCUUUUGUUCCUAAGCAUAAGCAUAACAAGGUGGUGAUGUACCUGACUAGCAAAUGUAUGUGUUAGAUAAGCUUCACUCAGGCAUCAGUUACAGUGCUGUUGGCUGUGAGUUAAAUGUUAAUGAACCAACAAUACAUAUUAAAUAAUGUGGUUUUGAACAGAAACAUACAUAAAACAGGUUAUAGAUUAGUCAGUUCCUGAGAAUGUUAUGACCAAAGGCUCGAAGGAACCUAACCCUGUAAUUCCCCUAGGAGCAAUGGUUCAGGAUUUGCUAUUUCAGUGUUUGUGGCGACUUUAUAGAAACAUCACUGCAAAUAAUGAGAAUAAAUUGUAUUGCUAUAUGUUUACAAAAGAGCGGAGGUAUCAUGGCUGACUUUUUUUUUCUCCUAUACAUUUCUGUAUUUUCCAAAUUUAUUCUCAUGAACAUACACUAAUUUUAUUACAAGGAAUAAAAUUUUUCAAAAUAUAUACAUUCUUAGAGACAGUUUGAUAUAAGUAAAACACAUUGAUUAGCAGUCAGAUGUGGAUUUGAGUUACUGCUCUGCCAUUUAAUAGCUAUGUAACUUUGGGAAAGUUGUUUAACUUUUCACAGCCUAUAUCCCCAUCUAUAAAACAGGUAAUAUUAUGUAACUUGGGAAGUUAUUCUGAGGAUUAGGAACAAUGUAUCUAAGUUGUCUAGCUCAAUAUCUGGUAUAGGAUGGAACUCAAAGAUUGUAACUACUAAUAUUAACUCCAAAAAAUGUAACUAUUAAUAUUAACUCUCUCCUAGGACUAAACUACAGAAGCCC